GAUUACAGUUUCCCGAUUGGUCCCUCCCUGUGGCCUCCCUCCCUCUGUUCUCCGACGGUUGUGCUGACACCGACAACGUUCGGCGCGCCGCCCGCAACUGCGUCUCAGACGGCGACUAGUUUGUCUACCUGGCAAUAGACCGCCUCCAUAGCAGCUCAGCACGUGUGGCUUAGGGAGUCACGUCUUACGCCGGUACAUAUUAGUCCAAAUGGACCCCGCCACGCUGCAACAUGCGCUGAUUUUUGCCUGCCUUCUGUGCGCUGGAGUAGCUUGCUUGAAAGCGCUCCAAUCUAUAGCGCGGCGUCUGCGUAAGAGGCAAUCAGCGGCACGAACGCUCGGGUGCGGCGGCUCGCGCGUGGCGACUCCGCGAGCACCGCUACCGGUUCCGUCGCCCGCCGUUGCGUGCACCUGCGCUUCCGCGGCCCCGUUCAGCAAGCUUGCGAAGCAGUCCUCCUCUCUCAGGUCCAGGUGCACUAGCUCACUUGUGCAGUUGCGGUUUGGCGCGCCGGUUGCAGUUGCGGUCGCCAACGGCGGCUUAGUUCAGUCGCCCGCCAGCUCGGCGCCCUGUAGCGUCGCCGACAGCGCCGAGAGCCUCAGCCGCAGCAACAGCGGCAUCUCAUCACCUAGCGACAGUGACACCGAGUCCAACAGAGGUCGCCGGCUCAGCACCAGCAGUACCUGCAGCGCAAGCAGCGCAGGUGGCUCCACCUGCGCCCGGCACUUCCGGGCCGCUGGCCCCGUUGCGUGCAGCGCCGCGGCGGCCGCCGCCGCCGCGCCGGCGGCCGCGCUGGCUAUGACACCCAGCGCCUUAACGACCUGCAGCGACUUUAGCACCACCCCUAUCACCACCGCCACCGCGACGACGACCACCGCCAGCAUCGGCACUGCUUGCAGCAGCGCCAGCAGCAGCACUGUACCCAGCCCGCGCCCGCCGCUGCGCUCCUCACUGCGUCGGCCCAAGGCCGCCCGCGCCAGGGCCGGCUGCGGCAGCCCGGCGCCGCGUAAGACGGUGACGUUCAGCGCAGGCGGCGACACCAUCUGCACACCACCUACCGCGGAGGCGCUCGGGCUGCUGGCCGCCGGCGCCAGGGCGGCGCCGGUGGUGCCCACUGCCACGUCGUCCGCCUGCAGCAUCCCCACGGCGACUGCGGAGCCGUCCAUCGCCGCCGCCCCCGCACGCUCCCUGUCUGCCGAGCUUCCCGCCGACCCCUCCACCGCGCCGGCCGCCGCCGCCGCCGCCGCCGCCGCGCCCGCCCCCGCGUCGUCUUGGGCGCCGCUGCCGCUGCCUCUGUCGCCGGCGCCCUCGGCGGCCUUCAGCACGCCAGGGCGGCAGCGCGUGCAGCAGGCGUUGGCGGAGGCCAAGGCGCGGCACGGCCACCUGGGGCGGCAGCCGCUGCCGGCGGCCUGGCCGCUUCCGCCGCACGCACCGGGCUACGAGGCAGCGCUGCGCGCUGAGGAGGCGGCGCGGCAGCUGCUGCUGCAGGCGCGGGAGCCGCAGGUGCCCGGGCGGUGGGAGCGGCUGGCUGGCAGCCCCAACCUGCCGCUGUCACACCAGGACUCGGGACUGCUGUCGCUCGCGUACGCCGCGCCCUCGGAAGCGCAGCAGGUUGACGCGGGCCGCAGUGCGGGCGGCGUGGCGGCGGCGGCGGCGCUGCGCGAGAUGCUGGCGUCUGAGCCGCUGCUGCUGGCGCGCGUGGUCGCGCGGCAGCAGGCGCUGUCGCCGGCGCUCGCAGGCGCAGCGGCGGCACUCUGAGGUGCCGGGGGCGCUGCGGCUGUGUGAUGCUGGCAUGGCCCAUAGUCGCUCGAGGAGGGCGCUUGAAUGGCUUAUUGUUUGAUUAGCAAACUGCAGAAGCGAAAACAAACGCAACAAUGGGUAACAUACAUCACAUCAGCCAGUGUCGCUAUCGCUGAUGCUGUUAUAUACGCUUGCGUUUUGGGAAUGUUUUGGUGCUUGACUCAUUUUCGCUGGCUUUGUUAGGCUAUACAGAACGUCUCAAGUCAAUCCGUAUGUGGGGCGUCGAGUUGGAUGGGAUGGUGGCAGCUUUUGGAGUGGUGGUUGUAUGCCCCUAGAGGAGACUUGCUGGGGCACGCGGCACGUGCCCAGCCAAGCGUAGCGCACAGUCCCGCUUAUCGCGUUCAACAUGUCUUGAGUUUGGGUGUGUGCGUGUAUGGGGUUGGCAGGUACAGACGACGCAUGUCGCGGAUGUUUCACGGAGUUCUACAUCGAGAGGCGCGGUCGUGCGGGCCUGCAUGGCGAUGACUUGGCCGCCUGCGUCACGUUUUGUGCGGUUACAACAAUAAACAUUAGCAGGUUGAUUGUAGCGUACUGAAAUGUCGCUGCCUGUACAGCGAGCGCAGAGUGAAGUAGCUCCAAGCAGCGCGUGCAGCUGGUUGAGAGUAUACAGUGUAUGGAUGUAUGGGCAAGGCGGUGAGGCGGGACAGAGGCGCGUGAACAGCGGCUUUAGGCCACUGGUGCCGCCUGCGGCCUGUGCUGCACGUGAGAACCUCAGCGCAUUAGCCUGACAAGGCGCGCUGCCAGUUUUGUCUCGCUUGAUUGAAUUGUCCGCCGUCAGAUGACUGCGCGACGUGUGUGGGACUGUGAGAGUAUCGCGUAUGCGUAUGAGCAACGAACUGGAACUCAGCAGCAGAAGGAGCGAGACCGGAACCGGGGCGGUGUAGGCAUCCGCACGGGAGAGGUGUGGCGCCAGGAAGGAAGGUGUCUACCGCAUUGCACGUGGCUGUGUGUAGCUCAGAGCGAAUGCAAACUGCCGAAUGGUAUGGUCACAGAAUUGCGCAGGUGUAAGAGGAGCUGUGUGUCUGUGCAGGACAUUUAUUAUUUCACCAGACCGGCGCGCCUGACAGAGGAUUACAGUAGGUUGGAUGGGGCGGACCGGUCUAGCGCGGACUAGUAUGUGACUGAGCUGUACCGCAACAAGUCUUCAAGGACAAGUACCGUGGACAAGUAUCCAAUGAUGCGACUGGAUGCCCGG